GCGCAGUUGGCUUCAGCCGAGGGAAUCCAGCACCCACCAGCAGACGCACACUAAAGACCUAUAAAGCCCCCCAAGGUCUGCACUGCUGAGGAGAGAGAGACUGUUGACUGCUCGACACGUUCAUCGACCAUCACCUCCCUCACUAUGGCCGUCCAAACUAUCCUUGUGGCCGCUAUCGCGGUCGUCUACUUCAUCAUCCGCUAUUUCAACCGCACUGACGUCCCCAAGAUCAAGGGCCUGCCCGAAAUCCCAGGAGUGCCUAUCUUCGGCAACCUGCUCCAAUUGGGGGAUCGCCAUGCUGUCGUCGCACGGCAGUGGGCGAAGAAAUUCGGCCCUGUCUUCCAAGUGCGCAUGGGUAACAAGCGCGUGGUAUUCGCCAACAGCUUCGACUCCGUCCGCCAACUCUGGAUCAAAGACCAGUCGGCGUUGAUCUCGCGGCCGACCUUCCACACCUUCCACAGCGUCGUGUCCAGCUCGCAGGGCUUCACCGUGGGCACGUCACCGUGGGACGAGUCCUGCAAGCGACGACGCAAGGCGGCUGCCACGGCCCUCAACCGGCCGGCGGUGCAGUCGUACAUGCCGAUCAUCGACCUGGAAUCGACCACCAGCAUCAAGGAGCUGUUCGCCGACAGCCAGAACGGCGCCAUCGACAUCAACCCCAAGGCCUACUUCCAGCGCUUCGCCCUCAACACCAGUCUGACCCUGAACUACGGCUUCCGCAUCGCCGGCAACGUCAACGACGAGCUGCUGCACGAGAUCGUCAACGUCGAGCGCGGCGUCGCCAACUUCCGCAGCACCAGCAACAACUGGCAGGACUAUAUCCCCUUGCUGCGCAUCUUGCCCAGGGCCACCGAGGAGGCGCAGGAGUUCCGCGCCCGUCGCGAUAAGUAUCUCACCUACCUGCUGGAUAUUCUGAAGGACCGUAUCGCCAAGGGCACCGAUCAGCCAUGCAUCACCGGGAACAUUCUCAAGGAUCCUGAGGCGAAGCUCAAUGAGGCCGAAAUCAAAUCCAUCUGCCUGACCAUGGUGUCCGCGGGUCUGGAUACCGUCCCCGGCAACCUGAUCAUGGGCAUCGCGUACCUGGCCUCGGAAGACGGCCAGCGCAUCCAGCAAAAGGCCUACGAGGAGAUCAUGGCCGCGUACCCGGACGGCGACGCAUGGGAGAGAUGUCUGCUCGAGGAAAAGGUCGACUAUAUCACGGCCCUCGUCAAGGAAACCCUGCGCUUCUGGACCGUCAUCCCCAUCUGUCUGCCCCGCGAAAGCACCAAGGAUAUUGUCUACAAUGGUGCGACUAUCCCCGCCGGCACGACUUUCUUCAUGAACGCCUGGGCAGCCGACUACGACGAAACGCACUUCAAAUCCCCCGAUCAAUUCCUCCCGGAGCGCUUCCUCGACGUGGCCGAGGGCUCGGGCACUCCGCACUAUGGCUACGGCGCCGGCUCGCGCAUGUGCGCCGGCUCGCAUCUGGGCAACCGCGAGCUGUACACCGCGUACGUGCGCCUGAUCACGGCCUUCACCAUGCUGCCGGCCAGGAAGCAGGAGGAUCGGCCCAUCCUCGAUGCGAUUCAGUGCAAUGAACAUGCUACGGCGCUGACCACCGAGCCCAAGCCGUUUAAGGUGAGCUUUCAGCCCAGGGAUCCGGCGGCGUUGCAGAGGUGGAUUGAGGAGAGUGAGGUCCGGACGCGGGAUUUGUAGGGAUGAUGUAGAUAUGGUAUGGGGGUUGUGGGUCUGUGUAUAUAUUAGCUGUGGGUUGGGUUGUGACCUUGGGUGUUGAUAUUUUAUGAUCAUUCUUUAUCCUUAUCCUUAUUUUUGUUGUUUGUCUUGAUGAUCAUGAUGUUGAUGUUGAUGUUGGUGGUGUUCUGGCAGUGGGGACGAUAUUUUAUCCUCCGUACCGGGGGGGAACGGGGAAAUUGAGGGUAUUCCCAGUCCAGUCCAGUCCAGUCCAGUCCAGGAAUGUAAUGUAAGGUAACACA